AUGCUGCGCAAUUUCGACAAAACAAUUGAUCAGCUCAAGCGGAUCCGUGUGCCUGGAAAUCUUCUUUCUUGUUCUCGUGGUAGCGCCGAAUCAUCUGUUGUUUCUGACACUUCUUUAUACGCUUGGAUUGCUGCCUCCGAUCCGGAACAUUCUCUGAAAGAACUCGUCGAUCAAGUAACAGAGCAGCUUGUAAAUUUCCAACAGACGAACACGAAGUCGGCUCUGCAAAACAUUGAAAAAGUGAUGGAAAUGUCAAAAAAUAUCAAUUGCCGUGAGAUAAAAGGAAUGAAUAUGAGACUCAGCUAUCUGGAACAACAUCUGCAGUAUGCUGAAGAUCGGGGUAACUUUGUAGAGAAGCAUACGUCCGAAAUUCUGAAUACAUCAUCUCGGGUCGAGGUAUGUUCUGUUAUAACGAGUAAAAAAUCUGUUAGGAUAAUUUGUUGA